AUGCCUCGUGUCGCAAAUAAAGCCCAUCGCCGCUCAGGCGGUGGCACUUCCACACCCCAGAAGAACGCCCCAAUCCGGAUUCCCCUCAAUGAUGAUAUGGGGGAGAAGGCGGCGCGAAUGGAAGCCCGCCAAGCCCUCCAAGACCGACAGAUGAACCAGAUCAAGGCCGCAGUGAAGACACCGAUGCCCGCUCGUCGGUAUCGCGAAGAUGGCGACGACGACGCCGAUACGCCACGUGGAUCGAACCAUCGUGGUCGCGAAAGCGACACAACCGGCCGCGGAGUCACUCCGAUGAAGCGCGUCCCUAUAUUGGCGAACUUUGAGGAGUGGAUGAAGAUGGCCACGGACAACAAGAUCAACGCAAAUAACUCCUGGAACUUCGCGUUGAUCGACUACUUCCAUGACAUGUCGCUACUCAAGGAGGGUGAUGGAGUCAACUUCCAGAAAGCCAGCUGCACACUGGAUGGCUGUGUCAAGAUUUACACCAGUCGUGUGGACAGUGUUGCGACUGAGACGGGGAAGCUUCUUAGUGGCUUGGCUGACAGUCGCGACAAGCGAGGCCGAGACCCCGAAGCUGAAGGGGAGGAUGGAGAUGAGGACGAGGAUGGAGAAGAGGGGUCGGGGCGCAAAUCGCGCAAAAAGACACGGUCGCACGAAGCCACACUUGCGCCAUCUUUCAACUCAUUACAACUCAAAAAGUUUGAACUCGAGUUCGCUGUGGAUCCCCUUUUCAAAAAAGCCUCGGCCGAUUUUGAUGAAGGUGGAGCCAAGGGGCUGCUCCUGAAUCACCUGGCCAUUGAUGGACAUGGGAGGAUUGUGUUUGACAGCAGUGACGAUGUCGUUGACGACAACUCGAAAACUGCCGACGAGGACGACGAGCGCCAGGAGUCAGUUGACCCGGAAACCCAAGAAGAGCGAAAACCAAAGACCACCCAGUCAGUCAGCGACACGUUCAACAACGACUCGGAUAUUGAUCUUGCGACUUUGGCCAGCCAAUUUUUCCCGGAUCUUGAUCGGCUGGGCGAGCAGGAUAUUUGCCCCUCGCUCAAGAAUUUCGAUCUCGGAGACCCUAGCGGAAACCUGGAUAUGCCACUCCUGAAGGCGCCUGAGGACUGGAGGCAUGACAAAAUCAACGACGAACAUCGGGCCGCUGAGGACCCUUCAGGUAUUAUGCUCGAUGAUGACAAUGCCGUCGGAUUCGAUGACGACGAUCUGGUCGGUUUUGAUCUGAGCGGCGACGCUGGCUUUGGUGACGGUGGAGAGGCAUGGGCGAGAGAGGCAGCUUUGGAGCCGAUGCUCAAAAUACACCGGAUAGACCAUGAUGGUGCCGAUGCGGAUGGCGAUGAGGAAAUGGCAGACGAGGAUACGUUUGCUGUUUCCAUGUCACAUCAGCCUAGCAAACAGGAUCACGAGAGCAUUCUGAGCUACUUUGACAAUGCCCUCCAAAAGAAUUGGGCAGGACCCGAGCAUUGGAAGAUAAGAAGGAUCAAAGACAGCACAGCAUCUCGUGAUCCAAGUUCCGCGCCCAAGCCACGCAAGGAGAAGGAGCCUUUUGAAAUCGAUUUUUCUGCACCACUUGAUUCUGCUAUCGCAGAACUUAUCUACAUGCCGGCGAGCUCAAACUCUGCAAUCUCUAUCCCCAAGACACAAUGGAAGACCAAGGGUCGCAACCUACUACCGGAUGACAAGCACUUCAACUCCAAAAGCUUGUUGAGCUUAUUCCUGAAGCCCAAGGCUCGCAUGGGAUCAAGACGACUUCUCAGUCGGAGGACGCAAAAUGCCGGACAGGAGCAAGUAUCCGGGCAUGGUGACAUGGAUGAAGCUUUCUGGGCAAACCACAAGACAGAGGAUGCCACCGCUGAUGAAGGUGUCGGCGGCGCCUAUGACGCCAACUUCUUCGCGGAUGACGAUGGUCUUGCAUUCCCUAACGGCAUGGACCUUGAUGAUGAGGACGAUAACUUGCCGUUUGCAGACGCGCGAGAGAUGCUCUCACCAGCCGCCGAGGGUCGGCCUGGGACAGCGGCAGGCAACGCUACCGGUAUCACUGCGUUAUUAAACAUGGUUGGUGCUACUCCUGGCCGCCCUGGAGCUGGCGGUUAUGGGUCGCAACUGGUGACUCAAGGUGGCCGUCGUGCUCGCCCAGAGUAUGUGAAUUACGCGCGAGUAGCCAAGAAGGUUGAUGUUCGACGACUGAAGGUCGAGAUGUGGAAGGGAAUGGGCGAGCGUCUGGUUGCCGCCUCAGAGAACCUCUCUUCAUCACAACCGGGCUCGAGUCCAAAUGAUCCGCAAGGUGGACCUGACAGUGACGCUGAUGAACCAGUUCCGCCCACUCCUCACUCAAAUAGCCCGGGAGAAGCCAUUGAUUCUCAGAAGGAUGGCCGAUUGCGGUUCACGCAAAUCAUGAAUGGCUUGAAGCAAGUUUACCCAUCUGAGACGUUACGGGACAUUAGUACAUCGUUCGGUUUCAUCUGUCUGCUCCACUUGGCCAACGAGCAGGGUCUUGUCUUGGAGAGUGACAUGGACAUGAUGGCCAAUGAUGCCAUUGGCCUGGAGGAAAUCUUCGUUAGCCGCGAUGCUCACGCCGUCAUUGAAGAAGGUGGCAUCUAA